AUGUUCUUGGAGUUUCACUGGCAAAUAAUCGAAUCAAACCACUGGCUUAAGAAAAACAACUCAGAUCCUUAUUCACAUCAGAUGCGGCCGUACACCAAGCACCAAUGGGAAGGUGAAUCUGACCGGAUAACUUGGCCCCGCUGCAUUCCCGAGUACAUGCUGAGAACUGCUGAACAAGAGGGGCUCGGUUCUUUAGGUGAUUGGACGCGGUUCUUCGGCCAAAGCUCGGUGCUGGAAGGCUGCUCGCUCCAGAGUGCACUCAGAAACCUUGUACGCUCGUCUGAGCCCCGGGUACAAGGGCUGGUCUUGGUCGCUCUGGUCCGACUCGCCUCGCCGGUAACUGGUGCUUCGAUCGCCGGUUUCUACUUGGCUAACGGUCUUCUUCCACCGGAGAUUUGCUGCUGGAGUUUCUCUUGCCGGGAGAAGAAAUUUAGGGAAUUUUGA